AUGCAUUUAUCUCAGGCCCUUCAUAUCUAUCUUUCUAUUCAUCUCACUUUAUUAAUAUCUAUCUAUCUAUCUAUCUAUCUAUCUAUCUAUCUAUCUAUCUAUCUAUCUAUCUAUCUAUCAGGAUAUUUGUUUAAAUCAGACUUCUUCCCUGACAAGUGUCACCUCACUUGCCUACAAGAAGCAUUCUUUCUUGAUCCAAUGUAUACAUGGCAGAAGUCCAAAAGGCAAUCAGGUGUCGUUUACAGCAAACGUGAUUUUUUCCUUUUUACCAUGGCUGCAAACACAGGAAAAUUGGCUGGGAAAACUCUGUUUAUCACUGGUGCCAGCCGAGGUAUUGGUAAAUAUAUUGCAUUAAAAGCUGCUCAAGAUGGAGCCAAUAUUGCUAUUAUUGCAAAGACAGCAGAACCCCAUCCCAAACUUCCAGGAACUGUAUAUACAGCUGCCCAAGAAGUGGAAGACGCAGGUGGGAAGAGUUUUGCUUGUGUUGUAGAUAUACGCAGUGAAGAUCAGGUAGAGAAAGCAGUUCAGGAAACUGUGCGUAAAUUUGGUGGAAUUGAUAUUCUGGUAAACAAUGCUAGUGCCAUCAGCCUGACUGGAACUUUGCAGACCUCAAUGAAAAAAUAUGAUUUGAUGAAUGGAAUCAAUGCAAGAGGGACUUACCUCUGUUCUCAUAUGUGUAUUCCACAUUUGCUGAAAUCUUCAAAUCCACAUAUACUUAAUAUCAGUCCCCCUCUGAAUAUGAAACCAAAAUGGUUCCAAAAUCAUGUUGCAUAUACAAUGGCCAAAUAUGGAAUGUCAAUGUGUGUUUUGGGCAUGGCAGGAGAGUUAAAAUCACAAGGAAUUGCAGUGAAUGCUUUGUGGCCACGAACAGCCAUCUACACUGCUGCAAUGAAAAUGCUGGGCGGUGGUGAAGAAAUUGCUAACCAGUGUCGAAUUCCAGACAUUGUGGCUGAUGCUGCUUAUGUCAUUUUAACCAAAGACAGCAAAUCUUUUACUGGAAAUUUCUGUAUUGAUGAUAAUAUUCUAAAAGAAGCUGGUGUGACAGAUUUGGAAAAAUAUUCCUGUGUUCCAGGAGCAACUUUGAUGCCAGAUUUCUUUUUGGAUGUUGAAGAUUUUGCAGCUGAGAAAGAGGAACCUUCUACAAAGCAGCAAAGCCAGUCAAUCACAGGAAGUGGGGAAACAGUUAAGACAUUUCAGUCAAUAGAAAAAAUGUUGACUGAAGAUUUAGUCAAAUCCAUGGGUGGAGUCUUUAUAUUUAAUUUGACUGGUGGUGAACCUGGAGAAUGGUAUCUUGAUAUGGUUACAGGAAGAGGAGAGAUUGGUCAAGGAGCCCACCCACAUGGCAAGAGUAAUGUGCACAUGUCAAUGACGACACACCCCUUCCUUCUGUCAACAGUUGCCUCAAACCUUUUCUCUUUCUCUUUCCUUCCUUGUUGUUGCUACAUUUUCAACAUUAUGGCACAUGACCAUUUUGGAAUGAACACCUAUUCAAAGUGGUUUGACGAUUGGCAUCUGCUGCCAGUCAAAGGUCACAUGACUUAUUGGAUCCCCACAAAAAAGUACCCACGUGCAAGAGAUGACCUGCGGGCAUCGAGCCAGGAAGAUGUGUUUUCUGUCUCUCUCUCUCUCUUCAGCAUACGCUUCAAAUACCUAGACUUCGCUGAUAGACUUUUAUAG